GCCGUCAGGCCCGCGCCGCCGGAGCCCCGCCGAGGAGCCGCCGCCGCCGCCGGGGACGGAUCCCAGGGAGAAAGAACAAGAAACACAAAAAGAGGAACGUUUGAUGGAAGAAAAGAAAAAGAAAAAGCAGGAAGAAAAGAAAAAGAAGGAAGGUGCUCAGAAAAAGGCUGCUGAUCAAAAAACCAAAGUGCCAGAACCUACUAAGACCUGUUCAAGCCAGCUCCAACCUGCCGGGACCAGUACCAGUACUUCCACCAGCACUCUCUCCAGCAGCAGCAAUGGCAAACGUGCGUCUGCCGGCGGCCAGCAGCCAGCUGCAUCCCGUUACCUGCCUCGCGAGGUGCCUCCACGCUUCCGCCAGCAAGAACAGAAGCAGCUGUUAAAGAGAGGUCAGCCACUGCCCACGGGGUCUCUGACCAGCGUGAGCCCCACCCAGGGUGCUGGGCCUGCAGGGCUGAGCCCACCCCCGCUGCCUGGAGCCGGAGCACAGCUGCACCCCAGCAAGCCCCAGCCAGAAAUCGGCCACAGCGGGCUGGCAGAGCAUUAUGAAAGUUCCCACUGGGGACAGCAGCCCACUUACAGGAGCGAAGCCAACGGCAGCUGGGAUAAAGUGAUAAUAGACAGGACCGAUAAGGAGGCGUGGCCUUCCAUCACGGGAACAGAGGCUGAAUCUGCCUCAGAAUGUACGACAGACACUGACUGUACCUCCAGCUGUGGCUCAGAGAACAGUAGCAUGGCUACAGGGAGUGCCCAGGGCAGCUUCACUGGACAUACCAAGAAGACGAACGGCAAUAAUGGCACCAACGGCGCACUCGUCCAAAGCCCUUCUAAUCAGAGUGCCCUUGGGGCGGGGGGAGCAAACGGUAAUGGAAAUGCAGCCAGAGUGUGGGGCGUAGCCACGGGCUCCAGCUCCGGCCUGGCUCACUGCUCCCUCAGUGGUGGGGAUGGAAAGAUGGACAACAUGAUCGGAGAUGGGAGAAGUCAGAAUUGCUGGGGUGCUUCCAACUCCAAUGCUGGCAUUAAUCUUAACCUUAAUCCCAAUGCCAACCCAGCUGCCUGGCCUGUACUUGGACAUGAAGGAACUGUGGCGACAGGCAACCCUUCCAGUAUUUGCAGUCCAGUCAGUGCCAUAGGUCAAAACAUGGGCAACCAGAAUGGGAACCCAGCGGGCACUUUAGGUGCUUGGGGAAACUUGCUGCCGCAAGAGAGCACAGAACCACAAACGUCCACUUCUCAGAAUGUGUCUUUCAGCGUACAACCUCAGAACCUUAACACUGAUGGACCAAAUAACACUAACCCCCUGAACUCUUCACCAAACCCUAUCAAUGCAGUGCAGACAAACGGACUGCCAAACUGGGGCAUGGCUGUUGGUAUGGGGGCCAUCAUCCCGCCCCACCUGCAAGGCCUUCCUGGUGCUAACGGAUCAUCAGUUUCUCAAGUCAGUGGGGGUGGCAGCGAAGGAAUCAGCAGUUCUGUGUGGGGACUGUCCCCAGGUAACCCUGCCACAGGAAAUAGCAAUUCUGGGUUCAAUCAGGGGAAUGGCGACACUGUGAACUCAGCAUCAAGUGCUAAGCAGAAUGGCUCCAGCAGUGCUGUGCACAAGGAGGGAAACGGAGGGAACGCAUGGGAUUCGGGACCUCCUGCCGGUCCUGGCAUCCUCGCCUGGGGGCGGGGCAGUGGCAACCAUGGCGUCGGUAACCUCCAUUCGGGAGCUUGGGGCCACCCCAGCCGAAGCCCCUCUAACGGGGUGAACGGGGACUGGGGAAAGCCCCCAAACCAGCAUUCCAGUAGCGACAUCAAUGGGAAAGGAUCAACAGGGUGGGAGAGUCCUAGUGUCGGCAGCCAGAAUCCCGCCACGCAGCCUGGCAGCGAACACACGAACUCUUGGGCCAAAGCUGCAUCUUCUGGAACGACAACAAGUGAAGGAAGCAGCGACGGUUCUGGCAGCCACAAUGAAGGAAGCGCUGGGAGGGAAGGAACAGAAGGCCGAAGGCGAGACAAAGGGAUUCUAGACCAAGGGCACAUCCAAUUGCCAAGGAACGAUCUUGACCCAAGAGUUCUGUCUAAUACUGGUUGGGGACAGACUCCAGUAAAGCAGAACACUGCCUGGGAAUUUGAAGAAUCCCCAAGGUCUGAGAGAAAGAAUGACAAUGGGACAGAGGCCUGGGGUUGCGCAGCUACUCAGCUUUCAAACUCAGGGGGGAAGAACGAUGGGUCCAUCAUGAACAGUACAAAUACCUCUUCAGUAACGGGGUGGGUCAGCUCACCACCUGCUGCUGCGCCAGCAAACACAGGUUGGGGAGACAGCAGCAGCAAAGCGCCAAAUGGCCCCGGGGUUUGGGGGGACACGAUAAGCUCUACUGCUGUUAGUAAUGCUGCUGCGGCCAAGAGUGGCCACGCUUGGAGUGGGACCGUAAAUCAGGAGGACAAGUCGCCCACCUGGGGUGAGCCUCAAAAACCCAGAGCUCAGAACUGGGGAGACGGACACAAAGUGAAUCCCGCCUGGAGCGCAGGAGGGGGAGAUUGGGCAGACUCGUCUUCUGUCCUCGGACACUUGGGGGAUGGGAAAAAAAACGGCUCUGGAUGGGAUGCUGACAGCAAUCGAUCAGGGUCUGGCUGGAACGAGGCUCCAAGGUCUGGGACCAGUGGCUGGGGCAAUGGCACAAAUGCAAAGGUGAAUCCAGGGACAAGCUGGGGAGAGUCUUUAAAGCCUGGCCCGCAACAGAACUGGGCGAGCAAACCCCAAGACAGCAGCGCGAGUAACUGGGGAGGAGCCACUUCCGUUAAACAGACAGGAACAGGGUGGAUUGGGGGGCCGGUCCCUGUCAAACAGAAGGACAGCAGUGAGGCCACGGGCUGGGAGGAACCUUCCCCGCCAUCUAUUCGACGCAAAAUGGAAAUUGAUGACGGUACCUCAGCUUGGGGCGACCCGAGCAACUACAACAAUAAAACUGUAAACAUGUGGGACAGAAACAACCCGGGCAUCCAGAGCAGUGCCUCGGUCAGCACCACCACCAGCACCAGCACCACCACCGCGAGCACCAACGCAAACGUGGCCGAGGCGCCCCCGACGCACCAGGCCAGCGCCCAGCUGAACCGAUCGCCACUGCUCGGUCCAGUUUCGUCAGGCUGGGGAGAAAUGCCUAAUGUUCAUUCAAAGGCUGAAAACUCUUGGGGAGAGCCAUCCUCCCCUUCUACCCUGGUUGAUAAUGGCACAGCAGCAUGGGGCAAGCCGCCCAGCAGCGGCAGCGGAUGGGGGGACCAGCCCACCGAGCCGGCGGUGACGUUUGGAAGAGCCGGCGCCCCCGCUGCCGCCCCAACCCUGUGCAAACCAGCUUCAAAAUCUAUGCAAGAAGGCUGGGGCAGCGGCGGGGACGAUGCGAACCUCGGUGCCGGUCAGUGGGAAGACGAGGAUGGGGGCAUGUGGAACAACGCCGCUUCCCAAGAAAGCACCUCCUCCUGCAGUUCCUGGGGGAAUGCCCCCAAAAAAGGACUCCAAAAGGGCAUGAAAACAUCUGGCAAGCAGGACGAGGCCUGGAUCAUGACCCGGCUGAUCAAACAACUCACAGACAUGGGCUUCCCGAGAGAGCCAGCUGAAGAGGCCUUGAAGAGUAAUAAUAUGAAUCUUGACCAGGCCAUGAGCGCUCUGCUGGAAAAGAAGGUGGACGUGGACAAGCGUGGACUGGGAGUGACCGACUACAAUGGGAUGGUCACCAAGCCCCUUGGCUGCCGCCCACCGAUCUCCAAAGAGUCUUCCGCGGACCGCCCCACCUUCCUGGACAAGCUCACGCUUUCUUUCCCCAAUCAGGAUGGCGGCCUCGUGGAAGAGCCCACGACUUCACCAUUUUUGCCUUCACCAAGCCUGAAGCUCCCCCUUUCCAACAGUGCACUCCCUAAUCAGGCCCUGGGCGGGAUUGCCUCAGGGCUGGGCAUGCAAAACUUGAAUUCUUCUAGACAGACACCGAGUGGCAACCUGGGCAUGUUUGGCAGCAGCGGAGCAGCCCCAGCGAGGACCAUGCAGCAGCCGCCACAGCCGCCCGUGCAGCCCCUGAGCUCCUCCCAGCCCAGUCUCCGUGCUCAAGUGCCUCAGUUUCUAUCCCCUCAGGUUCAAGCACAGCUUUUGCAGUUUGCAGCAAAAAACAUUGGUCUCAACCCUGCACUAUUAACCUCGCCAAUUAAUCCUCAGCAUAUGACGAUGUUGAACCAGCUCUAUCAGCUGCAGCUGGCGUACCAACGUUUACAGAUCCAGCAGCAGAUGCUACAGGCCCAGCGGAACGUUUCCGGACCCAUGAGACAACAGGAGCAACAAGUUGCGCGCACAAUCACUAACCUGCAGCAGCAGAUCCAGCAGCACCAGCGCCAGCUGGCCCAGGCCCUGCUCGUGAAGCCGCCCCCGCCCCCGCCGCCCCUGUCUCUGCACCCCUCUGCAGGCAAAUCGGCCCUGGACAGCUUCCCCCCCCACCCCCAGGCCCCCGGCCUCCCCGACCUGCAGACCAAAGAGCAGCAGUCUUCACCCAGCACCUUCGCUCCCUACCCUCUCGCUGGACUGAACCCAAACAUGAAUGUCAGCAGCAUGGACAUGACUGGUGGUUUAUCAGUGAAGGACCCGUCGCAGUCCCAGUCACGCCUCCCUCAGUGGACACAUCCCAACCCCAUGGAUAACUUACCCGGUGCUGCUUCUCCACUCGACCAGAACCCCAGCAAGCAUGGUGCUAUCCCUGGAGGUCUGAGCAUUGGGCCUCCAGCUAAGUCCUCCAUCGACGACUCCUAUGGCCGGUACGAUUUAAUCCAGAGCAGUGAGUCACCAGCCAGUCCUCCUGUAGCUGUUCCCCAUAGCUGGUCACGUGCCAAAUCUGACAGUGAUAAAAUCUCAAAUGGCUCCAGCAUCAACUGGCCCCCAGAGUUCCAUCCUGGAGUUCCCUGGAAAGGACUUCAGAAUAUAGAUCCCGAGAAUGACCCCGACGUCACUCCUGGAAGUGUCCCCACCGGGCCUACCAUCAAUACCACCAUACAGGAUGUCAACCGCUACCUCCUCAAGAGUGGAGAGUCUGGUAAAAAGCCUGGGGCCUCUCCCCAGGGCUUGCUUCCUGGCACGAGCUCCCGAUGCUGUGAGGUCUGGCGCACCCGCUCCAGACUUCAGGGUCCAGUCAGAGCAAGUGAUGAGCUGAGCUGCGAGGUUACAGAACGUAAGCAGAUUUCAAAUGCAGUGUCGAGAAGGGCAGCAACUUGCCUUUCCCUAAGGCCUGCAAAUGAAGACGCUCUGUAAGGCCGUUGCUGAUGGAGUUUUAUCCUCAUAGUUCUAAUAAUGGGAAAGAAUAGCCAGCUUACCAGAGAGGCUCAGCACUAAUAAGGCCACUCGCAUAUUUCCCAAAACAUUAAUUUAGGUUUCCUACCUAAAUAUGGCCUGUGGGGGAGAGGCCGUUCUUAUCAAUGGUUCUUUCAAGUGACAGGAUUCUGCGUGCCUGUGGUUCGGGUAGAAAGGCGCCAUAAACGCAGAUCACCUUCCCAUUUAGUGCCGUGCAUUCCUCGUGUCGCGAGGCGGCUGCAUCUCAGAGCAGGGACAUUGCAGGCCACCCCAAGGUCAGGGACGGAUGAGUGGCACGGGGGACGAGAGGCUGUGGGACGUGGAGCCUGUUUGAGGUGGUGGGGACCGGGGGGUGGCACAGCCAGAGGUGAGACUUGGCCGUCGCCCCUCGGCACCCUGCGUGUGGCCGCAGGGUUGAGCCGGGCAGCCGGGUGGGUCAGCGUGUUCGAGGUUGUGGAGGGUGGGUGAGCCAUGCCGAUCAGGGCAGUAGAAGACCUUGGAAAGAGUCGAGGCUGCUCGGCACAGAGCAGAGCUUCCCAACUGGUGCCUGAUGGUCAGCCCGUGGUCCCUGGCACCUGGGGCAUUGUGGGCCACCUCCGCCGUCGCAUGCGUGUGCCGUGAUGCGACACAGGCGUCCUGGAGGGGCAGGGGAGUUGCGAGGGCAGAGCUGAGCAGAUGAGACGAACGUCAGGGCAGAGGGAAGCUCAGCCUCAGAGAUGUUGGCUGAAACGGGACCUCAGCUGUAGGACAGAGAGAGCUCCCUGCAGCCUCACAUGGCCCUGUGUGACCUCCUGGGGCUGGAGCCCUGGGACAGCGCCUCCUCCACCCCGUGACCAGGCCUCGCCCCGGAAAGCCCUGGCUCCCCCACCUCCUGGUUUGUUUAUCUGAGAGAAGGGGCGGGAUGAACGGAUCUUUAUGUAGAACUUAUUUACAAAAGGCACCACAGCCGCAGGGCCAGAAGUAAACUGCAAAGGCCAGACCUCGCUGACCGCCCCUCUCCAGGGCCCACGUGCCGCACCCAACACUCGAGGGCCUUCAGGCGCCCCAGGGGCUGACCUCGCUCAGGGCCCAGCCACA